UUCUGCAUCCUCUCAAAAAUUCAAAAAAAAAAAGUUCUUUACAUAUAUAUAAUAAAUACAUAAAAAUAAAUUUUUUUUGAUAAAAAAUUUUUCUUUUCACCUUUUUUUUUAAAAAAACAAAUUAAUCAAUCAAAAUGAAAACUUCUUUCGCUGCUAUCUUUUUCGUCGCUAGUCUUGCUUCUUUCGCUCAAGCAGCUGAUGUUAUGGUUAACGUUGGUAAUGCCAAAGGAGAAAAUGUCUUCGAACCAGCAAAGGUUAUGGCCAUGCCUGGUGACAAUGUCGUCUUUACUUGGGUUAGUGGUAAACACAGUGUUAUCGAAACUGAUUCAUUAGUUGCCUGUGCCAAAUCUGCAAAACCCAAUGCUGCCAGUUCCGAUGGAGCAUUCUUAGCACCAAAAACAUGGAGCUGGCCCGUUCCAAAAGAUGCUACUCCUAAUACAAAAACAUGGUUCUACUGUGGAGUUCCAGGCCAUUGUACUCCCGGAACUGGUGGUAUGGCUGGUACUCUUCUCAUUGGUGGUGCUGCUCCAGCCAACGGAACUGCUAACAUGCCACCAACCCCAUCUGAUGGUGCUGCCAAGAGCUCUGCUGUCCGAAACUAUCAAUCCAUCGCUGCCGGAGUUGUUCUUUCAAGCAUGUGCAUGGCUGCCGCUUAUGUCUUAUAAACAUAACAAAAAUAAAUUAUUUACUUUAUAAUACCUUACAAAUUUAAUUAUCACGUUCAUCAAAUUUAUAAUCUUUUUUGCAUC